CAUACAUUCACUGCGCACGGCCUUCAUCCCUCUUCCUCUUGAAACCGUCCCGCUCCACUCCACUCCCUCAUCUCUCACGACUUCCCCUCAGAACCCAUCCAGGGACCAACAGCAAUCCAUCUGGGCUGUAUUCUUCCGUUGUCCAUUCGACACGAUCACAUCGCAGGUCUCAUUCUGCAACUUUAUUGUGUCAGCGCAGUCCACUCAGGAGGCGACAGCAGGCUUCACUUGGAAGCACCCGCACACACACGACGGCUGGGCUGAUCGUGCAUCCCGCCAUCUUUACUUAUUGGAUACGCCAACCCUUGGGCUUGAGCAGGCAGCAACGGUACAGGCAAGGACGGGAACGGCAUUCCGCGUCCAAUCACAGCCACUGGUAUUCCUAGCACAACAAUUCGCAUCCCUCGCCCGCGCAACUCCUCCUCUUCCACCAGUGGUGAGCACUCUGCGUGUUCGCAGUCCCAAAUACCUGCAUCGCCAUGGUCUCACAAUAUAAUACGAGGCGAAAGAGCCUGUCGCUUCCAUCACUCGGCAUCGCACUCCCUGGACGAUCCGUACGCUCGCCGCCCUCCGACAGCCAGCACAUCGCAAAGAGGCAGAAGCGCUCACAUUCCGGCUCUUCGUCCUCCUCACCGAGCUCGCCGCCGCGACUAUCUGCGUUGCGUUUCGACGACAAGAGCAACGCCGGCCGCGUUCCGGAUUCGCCGCCACCGUCGCCCGGCGGCGAGGCAACAAAGGUCGACACCCAGGGCAUCGACGAUACCAUCGUUGUCGGCGUCAUCGAGCAACUCGAGAAGACGGGCAAUCGUCCCCACCUCCUCAAAGAACUCGCCACCGUCCUCUCUCCCACGAUUCCCAUUGUUGAAAGCUCCGCGAACCCUGCAGCCAUUAUCUCAUCACGCCUUGCGACAUACUUGAAGCGCAACUGGUCCGCCCUGUCGCGGUGUCCCCUCGACAAGAAGCUUGUUGGCACCCACCCCAAGCGCGUGUAUUAUUUCCUUACCACCAGCCCGCACCAGCCCAUACCGGAGGAUGCAGGUAUCAUCCCCUCCGCUGCGCGCAUCAUCUCGCCGUCGCUCUCUUCAGCAGCAUCCGACGACAACGAUGCAGAUUCGCAUACGCGCGACGUGAGGUCUCCCUCACCGGAGCUUGACCUCUCAGACUACGACGAUGCGGUUAGCGAUCCAUUCACUAACGCGACCCACCAACCGACGACCCACAACAUCGCGCAUAACCGACGAGCCCAGUCGCCUCCGCUAGAAGUCGAUGAGCGCGAGUUCACACGCACGGCGUCCUCGCUGCAAGAGCGGCGCCGCAGCGCGCAGGCGGAGCGCGAGCGCUCGAACAGCGCCGUCGUUGAAAACACAACGCGCCUCGACGUCGCCAUGGAUAUGGACGGCAUCCCCGAGCUCGUCGAGACCGAGGAGAGCGCCGCACGCAAAAACUCGGAGACCGCGGCUGCGCUGUUCGGCCAGAUGCAGCACGCGGCGUUCGACCCGGUGCUCGCCAUCAGCAGCCCGCUGCUCAAGCCUGCACUCAACAUCGAGAUGCCACCUUCGGUGUUCAAGGCGAGCGACUCGUGGUCUGAGAAAGACGACGACGAGUGGGCGAUGAAAAGUCCGGAGAACAUCGAGCUUGAUGAGCUGGAUGAUCUGUUUGGCAACUACUGAGGUCCAUCGACAUGUCAGCACGCUAAGGACGGGGCAUUUUGCAGAGCGCGACGAAACCAUUUGACGAAUCUCCUUUUCGCGGGGGCAAUUUUCCGUGGGAUUUGCUAUCUACCUUCCACAUUCCGUAUUUCUAUCUCUCUCAUACUUUUUAAUGGCGUCGAUAUCCUAGAAGGAGCAGCGCGAGCGGGAAGCUCAGGAUCUGGGCGAAAUUGGCGUUAGCAAGGAAGGCGUCUUUCUGACUGUUUGUACGAUAGCAUGUGUGUGUUUGGGAUAUUGCUGACACUGGGUGUCUUGUUUACUGUCCUGGCGCACAUUGGAGCAAAGCGAGGGAGUGCGAGAGGAGAGCAGAGGAAUCAGAUCGAUCAAGGCGAACAACAGAACAGAUAAAAGUGUUUGGACAAAUGCAAAAAACAGU